UCAACUAAAUUCCGUUUAAUAGAAACCAGUACACUGUAGGAAAAUUAAAAAGGUUUUUUUUUAUUACUUCUUUUUUAUACAUAUAUAGUGUAUAGGCUUAGUUGGCACGGCAAUGUCGAGUCAUAGCCUCAAGUGGCCAAAGAAUCGGGAGAAACAAAAGCGGCAGGUGAAAUUCCAAAUGGUGGGCGAUUCGGUGGACAAUAUAGGCAACCAUCAAGAAGCUCACCGAACCCAGAGCCAUGGGCCCGACCAAAUUGGAGACGGAUUGGUGGCCAAAAUAAGCAGCGUUUCGGAACCCCGAGACCAACCAUGCCACAAAGCCUCGCCUCUUAAGGGAGACGAGAAAGAAUUCGAGGAUUACAGGCAGCUUCACAAGGUCUUCCAGAAACUUGACAUGGCCGACCAAAUCGUCCUCUACCGAUCUUACCACCUCCUUCCUGCUGCCUGCAUCUCCCUCUGGCGGACAACCCGAAAACGCCUGGAUUUCAGGACACUCUACAAGGAACUCGGCGUGGAGGACCAGAACCACCUGCUUAUCCACAUGAUGGUUCACUUCAAGUACGUCUAUUUUGUCGCAGAUAGACUGCAGGAAAACCUCAACACCCUGGAGCGAGCGGGAGUAAAAUCCCUGAAUUCCGUGCAACGCUGCGAACUGCUGGUGAUGGAUGAGAAGUCCAGGUUGGAGGGCAAGACCCUUGACCACUCAGCGGGAGGAGAUUCCUCUGGGGCAAAAGGUAUGGCCCAGUGGCCUUUGCACGCUCUGCCCAAAUUAAUGCGAAAUGUGCGCCGUUUUAAGGCCCACUGCGAAAUCCAGGUGCAUUUCGUCGAGCACUUUAAGGACUUGGAACUUCUCGUGCUCUAUGGUUCGAUUUCGCAGUCCGCUCUCACGGGGAUCCUGGAGCGGUGCGAAAAAUUGACCAGGUUAUUCCUCAAAUUCGAUUGCGUCAACCUGAGCCUAAAGUCCAUCGAAAAGUGCAGCAAGCUGAGGGAUCUCUCACUGCCCACUAGACUGUUUGCCCGUCAAAAGGAUCUUGUGAUGAAACUAACCGAUCUUCGCCUGCUGGAGUUAACACACUGCCAAAAUGACAGCCAGCUAACACUGGAGUGCCUGGAAUGUGUGUUGGGCCAACGACCAGAGUCUGUGGACCUCAUCCAGAUGGAAUGCAAGGGUUUGAAGGAUCCGAUAUGGAUAAAACAGGUGGGUCUGGAUCGGUGUAGUCAGAUUCGGGGAUUGGUUCUGUCCAACUGUCACUUUUGCGAUCGCGAGAUUUGCCAGCUGUCAUUUCCAAAAGUCCAGAAAUACAUCGCCCUGAGCAGCUGUCACGACAUCAAAGAGUACCAGAUUCUGGAUAUGGUGCGCCAGUGUCCCGGUCUCAACGAACUCUAUCUGAUCGACUGCCCCCAGCUGAGUUGGAAGGUACUGCAGGGGAUUUACCGAAUCCGCAAGAGCGAAAAUCUCAGCUACCCCAUCACCAUUGUCCUCGGGCAGUGCACUGAGCUCCAGGACGUCUAUCAGACCAUGUACCCGAACUACUGGUGCUUCAAGCUGCCCUACCUCAAGAUCGAACGCGUUCAAAAGCAAAGUCGACCCGUACAGGAUAUCCAGGUAUUUUUCAACAUCAACCAAUUGGAUUCCACAUAAGAUUCCAAGUAAUAUAAAAACAGCUGUAAGAAUAUACAAAAUAUAUAUUAUUUAGUUUUCGGAGA